AUGUUCCUUCAUAGACUUUAUGGGAUCAUAUGCAAGAUUGGGAUUCAGUAUUGAGGUUUUGGCUAGGGUGGUGAUGCCUUGCUAUGAUUUCCAUUAUCCUCAACCAUUGAACUUAGUUGCUUAAUCGUAUUUAUUCUGUUGCAGAAAUGCUGGUGAGAGUGAUGGGCUUUGCUUAAGAGAAGUUCUUCAUCUUCUGAUGCAUGUGGCAUAAUCAGUGUUCAGUGGGCUAAGAUUGGUGUCUUUCUUUUUAUUUUUUUAUUUUAUUUUCUUUUUACAGGCUAAAAUGUUUUGUUGAUAUUUUCAUGAUUGCGUCUCUGAGCCAUUUAGGAUUUAGGGGAAUAGCCCAGCCCAGUCCCCCCUCUUCUUUUUGGAGGGCCUCGGGUACUAACUUCUUUUUCAAAUUUUACAGAGUCAAGUUCUCCAGCUGUUUUGAUGGUCAUUCUCAAAUAAAGGACUUUCUGGACUUAAUUUACAAAAAUAGUACUUGUAUCAAACAAUAAGAUCUUCUUUGUGGUGCAUUCUUUUUGCGCUCAAAUAAUUAGAUAGCUCCUUUAAGUAUCUCCUUAGCUCAACUUAUAUCCAAAUUCAGCUGGCAGAUUUUUAUUGGUUUUAUCUUAUUUUUUAAUUUCUGCCCUCUUCCCAUUCCCGUCAUGGGGUUAUUUCCCAUUUUGGUUAAUUACCCACACCAUUUCUUACGGUUUUGAGUAGCAUGACUGGUGGCAUAUUGCAUUUAUAUUUAUUCCGUGACACUAUUGUGAUUUGUCUAAAGUAUUCAUUAAGUAUGCAGUUUUGUAAGUAAUGUUAUGACCCUAAAUUUUAAUAAUAGGUCCUGCUGUUUUUUCAUAUGCUGUGACUUCCUUCUUGAUGAAAAAUUUGUGGUUGGUAAAAUGCUAUUAUAUAGUGAUGACCUUGCAUUUGUUUCUUUUAUCUUUUGGGGUACUCUACUGUAACUGGAAUUAUAGUUGUUAACAGGUUUUAAACUAUUGCAAAUAGGUACUUUGGUAUUGCUCUCGAUACAACUUGAUGAUGCUGUUUCGAUUUAAGAUUAUGUUUGUACAGAAGGUACAAAUUUAUAAAUCUAUUACUUGAACUUGAAUAUAAAACUGACUAGGUCUUGUCUCAGUUUUUCAUUUCCUCUUAGAUCCAUCACUGUUCUCAAGGACCUGUUACAAGAAUUCGGCGUUUUUACUCAUAUUGAAGGAAAUUUGAUGUCAUUUUGGGAUUUAUUUUUGUAUUUUGCUUAUCAUGAAGCAUUUCCCCCUUUAUGAAAAAAAUUUAUUGUUCUUUCAUCAAAGAGAACCAAUCACUUCAUGUCUUGAAUUAAAUUGCCUUGUGAAUCCUGGUUCCUGGCAUGUUUCUCAGCUGUAGUACUGUUUUCUUGUCGCUUCUGGUCAUAUUAUGAUGCAAUUUUAUUGUUAUUAUCCUGCAGAAGAUAUAGGGAGAAAAAGGAAGACGCUGUUGAGCCAGAAGCUGAUCCUGAACGGGAUCAGAGAACUGUAUUCGCCUACCAGAUAUGUUUAAAGGCAGAUGAGAGAGAUGUCUACGAAUUUUUCUCUAGGGCCGGCAAGGUGCGAGAUGUCCGGCUCAUAAUGGAUCGUAAUUCAAGACGGUCAAAAGGAGUAGGGUAUAUAGAGUUUUAUGAUGUUAUGUCAGUGCCUAUGGCCAUCGCUCUUUCCGGGCAACCUCUUCUUAGCCAACCUGUAAUGGUGAAACCCUCGGAAGCCGAAAAAAAUCUUGUUCAGUCUACUACCACUGUGAAUACCGGGGCUGGUCCGUACUCUGGAGGAGCCAGAAGGUUGUAUGUUGGCAAUCUGCAUUUCAACAUAACUGAAGAUCAACUUCGUCAGGUUUUUGAACCAUUUGGUAUUGUGGAGUUAGUGCAAUUGCCUCUUGAUGAAACUGGGCACUGCAAAGGCUUCGGGUUUGUUCAGUUUGCGCGUCUUGAAGAUGCUAAGAAUGCCUUAAAUUUGAACGGCCAAGUGGAGAUUGCAGGCCGGCCAAUAAAGGUGUCCACAGUGACAGAUCAAGCGGGAAUGCUAGAGGGUGGGGCGAAUGCUGGUGAUUUUGAUGAUGAUGAUGGUGGUGGCUUGUCUCUUAAUGCACGUUCUCGAGCACUUUUGAUGCAGAAGUUGGAUCGCAGUGGCACCGCCUCAAGCUUUACUGCUUCAUUGGGAACAUCUAUUGCCAGUACAGGCCAUGCAGGAUCAGUAGCACCAAUCCUUGGUGCUGCAUCUGUUUUACCCCCUGUUGCUGCUCCACUUAUGCCAGGCGUUGUUCCUGGUCUACCUGGACUUCCAGGUACUGUGCAGCUUGGUGGCGCUAUUCCUUCUGUGGAGACAGUUGGUGUUCCAAGUGAAUGUUUAUUGCUGAAGAAUAUGUUUGAUCCGACUGCAGAGACGGAACCGGACUUUGAUUUGGAUAUUAAAGAAGAUGUUCAAGAUGAAUGCUCCAAAUUCGGGCGUCUGAAGCAUAUUUUUGUAGACAAGAAUACUGCUGGAUUUGUGUAUCUGCAAUUUGAGGAUACACAAUCUGCUAUGAAUGCGCAACGUGCCCUACAUGGUCGAUGGUUUGCUGGCAAGAUGAUUACUGCAACAUACAUGGUGCCCGAAAUGUACGAAGCUCAAUUCCCAGAAAGCAGAUAGAUGCAGAGUUUGAAUGUCGAAUAUGAUGCAAUUCUGGUUUCAUUGAAUUGCAGUGGAUGUUUUCAAUUUUCAAUACUCAAGAUAUAUAUGAAAAAGUUGUAGCUAAAGCCUCUGUGGUUUUAGCUUGUAUUUUUUUUUAAAUGUAACUACUUCGCAAUGUUAGUAUCCCUGCUUGAAAUUGUUAUAAAUUUCGUGUGGUCAACUUCAGAGUAGUGUCUUAAUUACUUGAUUGAGCUCUGUAUUAUAUUAGUAAUUUCUUGCUUUA